CUGCAGGAGGACGCAGCGAGAGCGCUGAGUGACAUUUGAAUCCGGUGGUGUGUACUAUUAAAUCGCAGCAACAGUCAGCGAGCUGGCUUCCAGGGAGGACACAGGACUGUGCAUUUAUUUGUGUUUGCAGGAAAUGGGGUCUGGAUGCUCUUUGGAGGGACUUUACACUGGGAAGUUCGGAUGGAAGCGGCGGGACGUUUGCUUUUAGAUGUGGUAUCAAGCUGCAGCUGACCGCACACUUUAUCUGUCUUUCCUUGAUUCAGCCCAGAUUUACCACAUUAUGAGAGGCAUCCGAAUUCUACAAAUACAUAACUAUAACUGGAAACUAUUCAAAAGGAGACUGAUUUUGAUGAGGUGAAAUUUGGAGCAUCAGGAGCUACAAAGAGAUAUGCAAAGGGCUACUGAUGUGUUCUGUAAGCAGACAGAGGAUUCCUGCGAUUACAUUGGGUUUGGGGCUAAAACAGAACAAGCAGAAGAGAAUCAGUGACUACACCACUGCACUGAGGAAUUAAGGUACAACUACCUCUCCAUCAGUGCAGCUCAGAUGAUGUCAAAUCUAUUUUACAAGGUCAGAGGGCAAAUGUCUGUCCCAGAGAGCAUUUGCCUGAAAUGUCUCAUCUUUCAUCAUUUAUCAGACGAUAAAUUGAUGGAGACUUUUUGCAGUAAUGGAGAACAGGAGCCUCAUAGAAACUAGUGGAUAAAAUGUAACAAGACUCUUCAGUAUGACAUAAGCAAAGAACCCCCUCCUCCCCAAGCACACACUCACUUUCAGGGAUGGAUCCCAUGAACUUUACAACGGUCAUUGACAAUGGGUUUUUGGACGAGGCGCCAUCGAGUCGUGUCCUAACUGGCUGUUUUCUCUCGCUGCUCAUCCUCACCACCUUGCUUGGAAACACUCUGGUUUGCGCGGCCGUCACCAAGUUUCGCCAUCUGCGUUCUAAAGUGACCAACUUUUUUGUGAUCUCGCUGGCCGUGUCCGACCUAUUGGUUGCCAUCUUGGUGAUGCCCUGGAAAGCAGUGACGGAGAUCGCCGGAUUCUGGCCGUUUGGCUCUUUCUGCGAUACCUGGGUAGCUUUUGACAUUAUGUGCUCCACGGCCUCAAUUCUGAACCUUUGCGUCAUAAGCCUGGACCGCUAUUGGGCCAUCUCCAGUCCUUUCCGCUAUGAGAGGAAGAUGACACCCACAGUGGCCUAUAUUAUGAUCAGUGUGGCCUGGACGCUGUCUGUCCUCAUUUCCUUCAUUCCAGUGCAGCUCAACUGGCAUAAAGCCCAAACCAAAUCUUACACUGCUCUUACUGGAUCCUCUGUUUCACUGGCAUCAAACGCUACAUCUUACCCAGAGAACUGUGACUCAAGCCUAAAUAGGACCUACGCCAUCUCCACCUCUCUUAUAAGCUUUUACAUCCCUGUGGUCAUCAUGGUGGCCACCUACACACAGAUUUACCGCAUUGCCCACAGACAAAUCAGGAGGAUCUCUGCUCUAGAGCGGGCAGCCGAAAGUGCCAAAAACAGACACGACAGCAUGGGCAGAGGCUCCAGCAUCGCAGACUCAGAGAGCUCCUUCAGGUUGACAUUCAAGAGGGAGACAAAGGUGCUGAAGACGCUGUCAGUGAUAAUGGGGGUGUUUGUGUGUUGCUGGCUCCCAUUUUUCAUCCUCAACUGCAUGGUGCCCUUCUGCGAGCAGUCGAACGGAGGGGAGGCUUUCCCCUGCAUCAGCCCCACCACGUUUGAUGUGUUCGUGUGGUUCGGCUGGGCUAAUUCCUCACUAAACCCCAUCAUCUAUGCCUUCAAUGCGGAUUUCCGGAAGGCCUUCUCCAUCCUGCUGGGAUGCCACAGACUGUAUCCAGGAGGCCACGACAUAGAGACGGCCAGUCUAAACAAGAAAUGACUCACAACUCUCUCACAGCACUGACUCAUCCCUUAAUUCUUAAAACAGUCCAAGAGUUCCUGUUGCAGCCAGUCUGAUUGACUUGAAAUGCAAAGGCUGCUUUCGUGCGCUAACUCUUAUUUUGACUGAAGGGUACGACGACCCCACAUGCAUCCAUGUUUGCAUUAGGUGAAUGGUCUGCCUUUGCGAUGUCUACCAUAGCGGGCUUGCUGUGCUCGUCAUUGUCUCUACACUGUCUUCAGAUAGGAGAAGCUCCCGAUAGAGGAGAGAGGAUUUGGGAUUAAAAUCUGCCGCUGUUGCACCAGGGAUCUGGGAGAGCAGCGGUGCUGACAAGCUCUUGGGAUAGAUAAUCCCAUGACUGGGCAGCACACACCCUAAUGAUGUCAGACACUGCUCUCUUCUAUAUCAUCAAACACACACACACAAACAAACACUGUCAAAACAUGCUCCCCGAAAUACCAUGUAGCACCCAGCAUGCACACUACAACAACAAAUUCCAUGACAGCACACAGAAACACUCUUAGUCUUUACACUGACAUUUCAGGACCUGCAAAGACUACAGCAGUAAAGCAUCAAGCCAAAUUAUGUCGAACAUAUGUACAGGUAAAGUACAUCCACAAGUGACUUAAUAUUACAGCUAGAAUGAAAAGUGAAUAAAUUCAAGUGUAAAAGGAAAUCCCUAAGAAGUGGAGACGUAAAAAUGUGAUCUGAAUCCGUAUAGGAUGCAGAGAUGGGGAAAAACAAGCCGACUGCCUCGUUACUGGUUGAAAUGUUAUUUAUAAAUCAUCGACAUUUGGAAUCAUUAUAACUUUAAACCAAAUUUACAAACUUGUGACCUCAGAAAUGACACCAGUCAGCAGCAACAUUAAAACCAUUUGCCUAAUAUUGUGUAACACUUUGGGCCCUGUGGGUUGUGAGGUGGGGCAACGGUGGAUUGCAUCCUGGAGAUGCUCAACUGAAGAUCUGCUAAGUUCAGAGGCCAGGUCAGUGCCUCUGGCUCUUCUUGUGUCGAGUCAUCACUGAGCAGUUUUUGUAGGGUGGAGGGGUGCCUUGACCUGCUGUGUUCAGGGAAUAAGUUGCCACUGGGUUGUGUUUGUUCUGCCGCUAUGUUCAUGUGGGUGGAAUAUGUCAAAGUAACAUCUAGAUAAGUGUUUGAGCCCAAAGUUUCCCUGCAGAGCAUUCCAUUUUUACCAGAUAAAGAAUGUUAUUCAUUUUACCUGUUUGUGGUUUUAAUGUUGUAUCCAAUUGCCUGAUUUGUCCAGUGCUUGAAAGUGUUUUAUUGGCAGAAGACAGUAUUGUACCUGCUAUGGAUGGGAUUAUUAUGGGAUUAUGGGUUCUUUAUGUGAAAACUGAAAUGGGUUGGUGUAAUGUUGUUUCAUGUUCCUGUGAAAUUUAACAGAAAUACAGUGUCAACUGGUGACACACUUCCUUUGUGCCAUAAAUUGCAUAGUAAAAGCACAUCUAAAUGACAAUUGUGUCAUUUUUUGUGACCGUUAUUUACCAUGGGUCUUGUUCUCACUGAUUUUGUCACAGUUCUUAUUGGUUUGGAUACAUUACUGAAUUUCUCUGUGAACUCCAACAAGGCAAUGAACACAAGAUGCCAGACAAUCAGCCAGCCUACAGUUUAGAGCAUUACAACUACUGCUUUUCUGAGUUAAACCUAACAAGACGGACAAUGCAAAAAAGCAACUUGUAGCACAAGAAAACCGCAUGACAGGCAACGGGACUCUCGUACAAAAUAUAAGUUAGAAAGAAACAGAGGAACACCAUAAUUUGUAAGAAUUAAUUAAAAACCACACAACUCUAUUGGGAAAUAAAAGUCCACUUAUCAGCUGUUUUACUUCACUUGAAACAUAAAUGAAUUUUGGUGUAAUAAAGAUGUUUUUUAAAAAACUUAUUACAUCACAUCAUUCAAGUUGCUAGUUUGACAUGAAAUGCAUUAGACCACAGUUUAAAUUAUGCUUUAGACUGAUUUUUACAUUUAUUUACUGCUGUACUUAAACUGCAAAUUUAAUAAUAUGUUUUCUAUAUCAAAUGCAUCUUUUCAUUUCCAAUAAAGCCCCCCAAAAUAAAAAAAUCAGUAAUCGUCAGAAGAAUUUUGCUCAUCAAAGAUGAAUAAACAAGACAAAUCUUAAUUAUUAUUAUCUUUAUUAUUUUAGUGAGGCCACUAUGUUCCCAUAUAAUGAAUAAAAAAUGGCCCAUGUUUUGGAAAAUUAGCUGUCUUGUCUGGUUUCCUGUCUGGAAAUCUUUCAUCAGUAGCAGAACCCCAGGAAGUAAUGAAAUAGUCCUGCACGUAUUGCAAUGUAAUAUAAACACUUUUUAUACCGCAAAUCAAAAUUAAUUUUAGAGGUGCUGGUAAAUAUUCUUUUUAGCUUUGGAGAAAGUUAGCAUUUGCCACUGCUUCCAAUCUUUUGCUAAGUGAAUUUUUCUCUUUGUGUAAGCUAAAGCUGACUUAGUUUGCUAAUGAGCUUUAGCUUGUUCUUCUUCUUCUUUUUUUGAAAAUUACCUGUAGAAGUAUUAGUAAACUUUGAUUUUAGCUUUGAAAAAAAAAACUUUAAACAAAGCUAGUUAGCAUUUUUACUGCAUCCAAUCACUGUGCUAAUAAUUCUGUUUCUGUAGGCUUUAGCCACCAUUGCAUUCAACAUUAGCUUAAUUUUUCAGGCCCAGGGGUUGUCACUUGGGUGACAGGCACAAAUUCAUCUGACAGACAUGAGUGGUGUUGACCAUCAAAUCUAAAUCUUGGCAGAAUCAAUCAUGACUGAUAGAUGUUGUGGCCAAAACUGUGAAAAUAAGACCCAGCAAAUAUCAGAGACAUAACAAGAUAAAGAACAUCAUCAUUAAGAUCUACUGCUAAUCUCUUAGCCAGAGUGAGAUUUCAUGACAAGCAAAAGCUGUAAGUGUGUUGUGAGUGAAUAUGCAGGUGUUAUAUUGGUUUUACUACUGCAUACAUGUUAUGUUACAUUCAGAACUGUAUAAAGCCAUCAGAAGAAACAGCUGUGCAGUGUCUGCUUGUGCAUGUGGAAGCAUCAGUGCACAUGUUUAUAAAUGUAUAUUUGUCCAUUUUCAUGAAAUCCACAGGGUGUGUGUGUGUGAGAUAAAGAGACAGAGUGGCUGCACAGCCUUGACCUCCACACAUCAAAUUACCUAAAGCCAAUUUCACACCAGCAUCCAAAGAGCAAAACCUAAUGGGAUCAGCUGCGCUUCACAUCUAACAUUUCACUCUCACAUAACCCUGGUGUUCAUGUGUUUGUUCAGUCCGGUGAUGUAUUGCCAUCAUUAGUAAAGUGAAGCGCCUAAUCAGAAGUUGUGAAUAGCCUGGCAUAAUAAAGGAGUGCAACCAUUGUGGCACCUCUUUA